AUGUCUAUCAUUUCCAAUCAUUUCAUACCCAAUGCAACGGUAUUGUUAGUUGUCUUUGAAAGAAGCCACCCAGCCACUUCAAUAACUUCAACUUUCGUGGUUCUGGGAUGUGGCUCAUACGCUCGCGGCUCGAGUAUAUCCACAAACGUUUGCUUUAUGGUAGACACUGCACGUCAAAACUUCAUUGUCGAUCCAACUCUGGCAAUUGAAUUCUAUAUUGAUAUGGGCGCGAUGAGAACAGCCAUAUUACUCGAGUUGGUCUCGGCUUUCUCAGAGCAGUCAGCUAUAAAGUUGAAACUGACAAGAAUUGUGAAGUUAACCUCUCUCAAGACAACACUCCGACUAAAAUUCAAGCUUCCUGGCCAGAGAGGGAAUUUCAUCCUAACACAAUGUUUGGUUUGGUUCGAUUAUUAG